AUCGUUUUGUUUAGUUUAUAAUAUAGUUUCGCGUUACUUCUCAUUGUCGUAUAAUAUACGGGAAAGGGUAAAAUUAAAAAAAAUAAUAAUAACAAUAAUAAUAGGUAAUAACAAAUUUCUCGUUACAAUAAAUACCGAGUUACUACGACAAACGAGCAAAAAUUGGAUAUUUCGGGUACACUCUGAUAUCGACUAGUUUUACUUGACAAGUCAGUAUAUUAUUAUUAUAAUGUAUAAAUUAUUACUUAUUCUAAAUUUAAAAACAACAAUUAUAUUAUAAUAUUAUGUAUUUGUUACUAAUUUGAAAAAAAACAAUAGAAACUAAGAUUUUAAUAUUUAAUCGACAUUCGAAUAAUUCCAACGCCUAUUAUAUAAUAUACACGUAUAUCAUAUUAUAGGUAAUGAUUUAUUCAUCAUGUUUUCUCUUAAUAAAUUUUAUUUCAUAUAAUUCCAUAUAAAAUUAACAUUCGAAUCUAUAAAACUGUGUACCUAAUUAAAAAAUUCGCGUACACGUAUAUUCACGUACCUACUAAGUACAUACGUGAAUACUUUUUUUUUUAUUCACGUGUACACGGGACUCUUCCGCUUUCAUGUACCAACUAAUUAAUUCAAGCUUUCAAUCGACGCCUCUAGUAAUCUAUAAUAUAUUAUUUAAAUAUGUACACAUUUUUUUUUAAAAUUUUAAAUAUAAUAAAAAUAAACAUCCUAAUAUAACUAAUUAAAAUAAUUUUAACGUUUAUUAUAACGUUCAAUUAUAUGAAACGAUUAAAAACGGGUUCAUUCUUAUUAUGCAAAUCAAUUAAACACCCUAUGGUGCCAACCGCAGAUUCCAAGGGGGAAUCUGCAUUAUCAGAAUGGCCGUCCCUCCAAUAAUGUACACCAAAAUAAUAUUCCAUACAAUAUAUCACUUUAUAAAUACACGCUUUAUUAUAGAUAUAAUCGUUUACUAUAUAGAUACCUAUACAAUGAUAUAAAUAAAAAAGCGGCUCCCCUUGGUCAUUUUACCGUGGGGGUUCUUGUACAAAUAUGUUAUUAAAAUAUAAAAAAAGUAAACCUUCCGGUAAAAUUAUAAAAAACAAAUUUCAAGUAUAAUAAUAGUAAUUAAAACGAGCAAAUAUGAUUCCAAAUCGAAUAUUAUGAUUUGCUUAAUCAUCUAUGCCAACGAGUAGGUUGGUCUAUGUCAGGACCUUGAAAUUAUGAUAUUAUAUUUAAACGAUGAAGUAAAAAUAUUUUAGUUUUCUUUCCGCAGGUUCCUCGGACACCUUUUCUAUUAUUAUUCAAUUGGAUUGCUGUUUUAAAGUUACGGUUAUUUUUCUAUUCGUUUGACAGCUGCUGUACGUGUAAAUAAUUCAUAAUGAAGACCACGGAAACAAUAACUGAUACAUUUAACGACGGGACUAUUCUAAUAACUGGAAGUACGGGGUUUUUGGGAAAGAUACUCACAGACAAAUUGCUCAGAUCCUGCGGUCUCUUGAAAACCAUCGCAGUCCUCGUGCGAAAUAAAAGAGGCUUGACGGCCGAACAAAGAAUGACGGACAUGUAUAAUCAAGUUGUAAGUAUAAUACACAUAUUGCUUUGUUAUUUACUUUUUUGACAAAAUUAUAAUAUUAAAUAAUCAGAGGCGUAUUUAUAUGCAGGCACUAUAGGCACAUUACUACAGUGAACAAUUUUGAGGGCUGACAAAUUUUUUAAGGUUAUAAGUUUUACGUUAUUAUUGAUAAAAUGGCUAAUGAAAACCUUGAAAACCUAACCUAACCUAAGUUUUACAAAACGUUUUUUGAUACAUUCGAAGUACUAUUAAAAAUCACAUCUUUAAAUUCUUUGCAAAGAAUAGUUGAGUUAGCUGAGAAAUUGCAAAACAUAUAAACCCAAAUGAUUUGGACAACACUUUUUCGUGAGAAUGCUUACAUUUGCAGUCGCAUUUAUUGAAUAGUGAUAUUGACAUAGAUAAUUUAAUUCCGAUCAAAUUACGCAAGUAUUUAAGAAACAAAUCGUUGCCUAUUGAAAUAUUUUCGAACAUUGAUACAUCAUUAAGAAUUUUCAUUCGUGUACCAGUGUCUAAUUGUACUACAGAAAGCGUUUUCAUGUUUAUAACGUCUACAAUAUUAUCCAAGAUUUACUCUAACUGAUGAAAAAGUAAUCAUAAUUUAGCAUUGCUCUCGAUAGAGAACGACAUGUUAAAAAAAUUGAAUUGUGACACAUUUGCUGUUACCAAAUAUCGACGAAAAUAGAUAUAAUUAAUAAUUAUCAUAAUAUACAAGUCUAAAAAAAUGAUUUUAAUUUUAUAAAUUAUUAAUUAUUAAUAAAAAUGAUUUACUUCUUAAGAAAUUGUGUUUUAGUAUUUAAAUACAAUUUUUUUUCAUACUUACCUAAUUAUUAUUUAUUUUAUAGAUAGUAAGUAAUUAAAUGAUAAUUCAGUUAGUGUGAUAUUUUAGUUAUUUAGGGUGGACAUUUUCUACAGGCCUACACAUGGGAAAUAUGUAAAUACGCCCCUGUCAAUAGCGGCUAUAUCCUUACAAAAAUAUACGCUGUUGAUGAUAUUUUUGAUAACCUACCGAAAAAUAUAUUAAAAGUGAUAUUUAUUGUAGAAAUCUAGAAAACAUAAAAACCUGAGAAAAUUAAACCCAUCAUAAUAUAUUGUAAGCUUUACAAAAUGUAAUCGGACCAUGUUACUAUAAUUUCUCACUUGUUCAUCUUCUUAGAUGUGUAUAUGUAGCUGAAGCAACAUUAAAACGUUAGACCAUAGAAUAGCCUCCAAUAAUAAUAUUUGUACCUUAAAUAAUACACUGAGAAAUUUCGUUUUUAAUUCUAUAUAUUAUAAAAGGUUUUCGAUCGACUCCGAAAGAGGAAACCCGAUUUUAUGAAUUACAUUAAAGUGAUUAACGGCAAUAUCGAAGAACAGUCGUUGGGUUUGUCGUUGACCGAUCGUAAUUGGUUGAUUCAGAACGUGAAUUUCGUUUUUCAUUGCGCCGCUACGGUUAAAUUUAAUGAACCUUUGGAUUUGGCGACGAAAAUAAACGUCCUCGGAACUACGAACAUAUUGGCGUUGGCGGCUGAAAUGAAACAUUUAAAAGUGACGACGACUGAGCAAUUAAUUAUUGUCAUAUUAAAAUAUUUCGAUAAAUGUAUGUAAAAUUUCAGGGAUUCGUGCACGUUUCGACCGCUUAUUCACACUGUCCGAGGAACGAAAUCAAAGAAAAAUACUAUCCUGUUCCCAUAACCUCCACGGAACUCUCAGAUCUUCUCGAAAUCGACGCACUAACAUCCGAGUAAAUAUUAUUGAAAUUGUAGUAAACAGUGACGAUUUUCGAAUUUGUUAUUAAAGUUAAUUCAAAGCUGGGC